UUCUAUCAAUCAUCAUUCAAAACAAGUCCAUAACUGUUGUCAACAUCUUUGUUCUCAUAUUCAAAGCUUCAGGCUUUGUGAUUUACCGAUUCGUAUUGUUAAAAUUCAGUUUGUGCUCCUGAAGAGGAGAAUCUGAGAUCAGCAAUGGAGAUUGAUCUAAAUGAUUAUACCGUUGUCAAGGAAGGUGAAGCUGAGAUUCUCAUGCACAAGAAGAACAAAGUCUUCUUCAACAAAGCUCAGGUGAACAAUAGGGACAUGUCCAUUGCUGUCAUGAGGGCAUAUAUAUCAAAACGCAAGCAAGAGCAUGAGGCGAUGUUGUCUAAAAGAGCUAGAUCAUCUGGUAAAGCGCCUGAGAAGGAUGUCUCUUCUGAAGUUUCCAAGGAAGAGACUCUUACUGAAAACGGGGAGGAUAAUGGUAAAACCAACGGAGAGACAUCUCAGGAUGGACCAAAGGAAGCUGCCAAGACCACUUAUGAACCUGCACGAAGAGAACUCAAACCACCAAGAGUGCUUGAGGCACUGUCAGCUUCUGGGUUAAGGGCUUUGAGAUAUGCUCGUGAAGUUGAAGGGAUUGGUCAAGUUGUGGCUUUGGAUAAUGAUCCAGCAUCGGUUGAAGCUUGCCAGAGAAACUUAAAGUUCAACGGCUUGAUGUCUACUUCAAAAGUGGAGUCACAUCUCACUGAUGCGCGUGUCCAUAUGCUCACCAACCCAAAAGAGUUUGAUGUGGUUGAUCUUGAUCCAUACGGUGCGCCCUCUAUCUUCCUUGAUUCAGCUGUUCAGUCAGUUGCAGAUGGUGGGUUGCUGAUGUGUACAGCAACUGACAUGGCAGUGUUGUGUGGCGCUAAUGGAGAGGUUUGCUAUUCCAAAUAUGGUUCCUAUCCACUUAAAGGAAAGUAUUGUCACGAGAUGGCUCUGCGGAUCCUCCUCGCCAGCAUCGAGAGCCAUGCAAACCGCUACAAGCGGUACAUAGUCCCUGUUCUAUCGGUCCAAAUGGACUUCUACGUCCGUGUCUUUGUCCGAGUCUACACUUCGGCGAGUGCAAUGAAGAACACUCCACUAAAGCUCUCAUACUUCUAUCAAUGCAUUGGUUGCGAUUCCUUUCAUCUCCAAUCCGUUGGAAGAUCCCUCCCUAAGAAUAACAGUGUGAGGUAUCAAUCAGGAGUUGGUCCUGUAGUUCCACAGGACUGCACUCACUGUGGGAAGAAGUAUAACAUGGGUGGGCCGAUAUGGUCCGCACCGAUGCAUGAUCAGGAAUGGGUGGCUUCGAUACUAAACGGUGUUAAAUCCAUGAAAGAUAGAUAUCCAGCUUAUGAUAAAAUAUGCUCUGUUCUUACCACCAUCUCAGAGGAACUGCUAGACGUUCCGCUCUUUUUGAGCCUUCAUAGUCUCUCUGGAACGUUAAAGUGCACUUCACCGUCAGUUGCGAUGUUUAGAUCAGCGGUGAUGAAUGCAAAGUACCGUGUCUCGGGGUCUCAUGUGACCCCUCUCGGGAUUAAAACCGAUGCUCCUAUGGAGGUUAUCUGGGACAUCAUGCGGUGCUGGGUGAAGAAUCAUCCUGUGAAAGCGCAAUCACCUGAACAUCCAGGAAGUGUGAUUCUAUCUAAAGAACCAUCUCUUCAGGUUGACUUUUCGCGGCACGUUGGUUCACUUAGCAAAGCACAGGUGAAGAAAGAAGCAAGGUUUCUGCCGAACCCGGAGAAGCAUUGGGGUCCAAAGAUAAGGGCUGGUCGUCAGAUCACAAGCAAACACGUCUCGCUUAUUGGUCAUGAAGCAGUUAACGAUCAUCUCAAUGGCCACAAGGAAGCAGGAGCACAAGAAGAAGCAGAAGGAGGAAAAGAAGAGAAGCAAGAAGAUGUCUCUGAGGAUGAUGAGCCUGAGCUGAAACGCCAGAAGACAGAAGAGGAUAUUGCUUCAACGUCAUAAGGGGGGCUAAUUGUUUUACACAAGAAUAUUAGAUUUAAUGUUUUGCUUAAAGAUUUACUGCCCUUUUUUAUUUAUUUUCAAAUAUUAUUCAUCAUGUUCUACGUUUUGAUCCAACAAGCACAAACAGUGAACUUAUUAUAUCUCUUGUAUUGGUUCUC